GUUCGUGACGACGUGCGUCGGCUGCACCCCUGCCUGCUGAGCUUCCACAGCCUCCCCGACCCCGAGCGCAGCUACAACCUCCAGAUGUCGGGGGAGACCCUCAAGACGCUGCUGGCCCUGGGCUGCCACGUGGGGAUGGCGGAUGAGAAGGCCGAGGAGAACCUCAAAAAGAUCAAACUCCCCAAAACGUACACCAUGUCCAACGGGUACAAACCGGCCCCCCUGGACCUGUCCCACGUGCGCCUGACGCCGGCGCAGCUGACGCUGGUCGAUCGCCUCGCCGAGAACGGACACAACGUCUGGGCCCGGGACAGGGUGCAGCAGGGAUGGACCUACAGCACCACCCAGGACAUCAAGAACAAGCGGAACCCUCGCCUG